GCGCUCUGUUUGAUGGACAGCAGCAGCGGCUCGGAGUGAAAACAUCCCGGUUUUUAGCUUUUGAACUCCUUAUUACCGGGUGGAAAAUGCUACAGUGACCGCGGAGGUUCGACACCGGGAGUCCCGAUGAGCUGCGCCCCGCUGAAGAGGGUCUACCGGGAGCUGCCGGUGUGGGUGGUGGAGGACCACCACGAUGUGGUGUGUCACAUUUACCGGGCCAUCGCAUCGAGACACCUGCCGGUGAAGAACAUCAAGAUGGUUCACCUGGACUCCCACCCCGACCUCCUCAUUCCAGUCAACAUGUGUGCCGACACGGUGUUCGACAAGGAGAAGCUCUUCAGUGAGCUGAGCAUAGAGAACUGGAUCAUGCCCAUGGUGUACGCCGGUCACGUGUCCUGUGUGGCGUGGCUGCAUCCCUACUGGGCCCAGCAGAUCAGAGAAGGAGAGCACAGGAUGACCGUGGGCAGAGACUCGUCCACCACCACCAUCAGAGUGACCAGCACUGAUAACUACUUCCUCAGUGAUGGUCUGUAUGUCUGCGCGGAGCAGCUGGAGAACUCCAAGCCUUUCCAGCUGAACGUGGUCAGAGUCGAUCCGGUCAAGCCGGGCCACCGGGCGAUCGCAGAGGCCGAAAUGGAGAAGCGGCGAGCAAAGAGGGCUCGAACAGAGUGGUGGGACGCGGCGGCGGCCGGGUGCUCGCAGCCAGGCUGCACUGACCGCCUGCCACCAGCGGAGGGCAGCAGCACGCAGGCAGGACGCAGCAUCAUUGGCACAGACCCCAGAGAGGAGGAGGAUGAUGAAGGAUCCACCGGUUAUGUGGUUAAGAGAGUCUCUCCUUUCCUCAGUGAGGCGGAGCCGUACAUCCUGGACAUUGAUCUGGACUUUUUCUCUUGUAAAAAUCCUUUCAAGGAGAUGUACACGCAGGAGGAAUACGGCAUCCUGAAGGAGCUGUACAGCUUCCGAGCGCCACGCCCCAACGCUAAUCAGGAGGAACUGGAGGAGUGUGUCGAUCGGCGGACUCGUCAGUUGGAGGAUCUGGAGGCGGCGUUCGCCGACCUGCUGGAGGACGACGGAGAGGAGACGGUCACACGCUGGGCCAGCAACCCCGGCAUGUCUUCAUUACAUCGACUGGUUUCCAGCUUGAAGGCAAGAAAUCCGUCUCCAGACUACGAAAUGGUCCAUCAGGCCGGGCUAACCUGCGACCUGGUGGAGCUGCCUCACCACAUCAGUACGGAGGAGGAGAUCGACGGGCUGCUCACAGCCGUCCAGCUGCUCCUCAAGGCUCUGCCUGCGCCCACUCUGGUGACCAUGUCCAGGUCCAGUCUGGACGAGUACUGCCCGGUGGAGCAGGUGGACUCGGUGCAGAGCAGGGUCCUGGCCGUGCUGGAGGGGCUGUACGGAGCUCUGGACCUACACAAAGACUAUGAAAGCAGCUUCGCGGAGACGCUGGAGCACCAGCCGCAAGCCUCCUAACAGACAGACUCUGGACCCGCUGCUCCGUUUCCUCAGAUCUGGUUUUUACUUUAGACUCUGACUUUAUUUAUUAAGACUCACAGAAACCAGGUGACUGAAAACACGUGUGGAAAUAGUGUUUUGUUUACAUGUAGUCAACAAAUGUUCAGGAAAGUUAGUGAACACAGGAUUCUGUUUUUUCAGUGUUGUUGUAGGAAGAUAAAGUUUUAUUUUAUGAACUUUUAGAUUAAACUAAAUGGAAACUAAGACGAAGCUCUUCUGGUGUGUUUUUCUAAACAGUCACAGGACAACACACACACACACACAUUCACACUCCCUGGCUAGUUACUGCAUGAAUUUAGACUGUGGAAAACAUUUGUAGUUUCUAGCAGCACAAUGUGCUUUAAAAGUAGAAUUUUACUAUAAACUUGUUCAAAAUUUUAAUGAUUUUGUCAACAGAAAGCUGACAGUUCAAUUAAUUAGAUUUUUUUACGUGGACAUGAGAUGUAAUUUUUAUUUAAAACGUCAAAAAAUGUUAGAUUACAUUAAACGGUUAAACUGAAAAUCCUCAAUUUAUUUUUUAGUUUCCAGGUCACAUGAUGAAUAUUGUGUUCAGACUUGUUUUGUAAUGUUUCUACAAGUUUGUGUUCAAGUUAGAAACUGUAACUUAAUGUUUUAUACAAUUAAAAGUACAUUAAAUGCAUCUUUUGGGUUGUUUUUUGUGAAGUGAAUGAAUUUAAUCAAAUAGCUGUUUUUUAAGCUGUUGUAUGAAGUGUCUUUCUCCUCUUGAUAUUUUAGCAGAACAUAAUUUACAGUCUUUUGUGUUUUUCAUUUACAUUAAUAGUAAAGAAUAAAAGCACUGACAUGAAUGCCGAUGCAGUAAAAAAUGAAAUAAAAAAGCUCGGAGCGAGCCAGAAUGUUCUAUAAAAAGCUACAUGUUUUGAUACUUGAAUGGUUCAAAUUGUAUAAAAGCUGGAAAUGAAGCGAGCCAAGAAACUGAAGACAAGACAGAAAAGGGGAAAGUAAAUUCAAUUUGUAUUUGUCACAUAAAGUGAAAUGCAGCUUGUGUGAAUGUUUCAAUUAGUUGAGAAAUGCA